UAUUUCAUGAAUGAAUUCAUCUUAUCCCUGCAAGAACUUGAGAAAACAAGAAUUCCAAUACUUUCUGUCACUUCCAUUUUCUUUUUAAGUUUGUAACAAACUCAACUCUAGGUUCUUGAAGGAUGCCAAUGGAUGGACGGCUAUACGAAGCAGCUGAAAGUGGUGAUAUGAAGGUCUUGAGAGAAUACAAGGACCAGCUGAUCACCAGGCAGUUAACUCCAUAUAAGAACACGGUCCUUCAUAUUGCAGCUGGUCGCAAAUUCACCAAUUUCUCUCAGUUAAUUCCAUUUAAGAACACGUUCCUUCAUAAGGCAGCUGCUCAUUGCACUAAUUUCUCUUACGAAGACGCAGAGGACUUUCUUGCUAUAGUUAGUCAAGACCUGUUAUUCUGCUUGAACUCUAAUAGGGAUACUUGUAUUCAUGUGGCAGCCAGGGAAGGCAAUUUCAAUCUCAUCAAAGCCAUUAUUGGCUACAUGAAACCAAAUUCACCAGCUGAGCUCGAAGGUGGUAUUGAAUCAGUCCAUGAGCUCUUGCGGAUUUCCAACAGUGAAGGAAACACGGCCUUGCACGAAGCUGUGAUGCAUAGGCGUCACCGGGUUGUGAAAAUGUUGGUUAGAGAAGAUGCUGGCUUCACAUAUCCGCCCAACAAUGCUUCGAAAAGUCCACUAUUUCUGGCCUUGGAGAAAGAAGACGAAUAUUCUGCUAAAGUGAUCUUGAGAGACUCCAGGUCACCAUCUUAUGCAGGCCCUUACGGCACUACGGCGCUACAUGCAGCUGCAUUAAUCCGAUAUCGUCGAUAUGAUUGCUUGGAAAGGAUACUACCAGCAGGAUGCUUGGAAAGGAUACUACCAGCAGGAUGCUCGAAAAUGAUACUAACAAAGAACCCAAGUUUGAUAAAGCAAGUAGAUCAUGAGGGAUGGAGUCCUCUCCAUUUUGCGGCAUUCUUAGGGUCUUCACGGACAGUGAGGGUACUAUUAAAGAAAGAUAAACAGAUGGCAUAUGAAACCAUAAAAGAAGACAAUAAAGCACCCCUCCAUUUGGCAGCCCUUAAUAAUAGGUCACUUACCGUGAAAGAGAUUAUUAAGCAGUGUCCAGAUUCUAAUGAGGCGGUCACAAGCCAUGGCCAUAAUGCUCUUCGCCUUGCAUGGCUAAAUGGCAGUCUGAAUGUAGUAUGCUUUUAUCUUGGUUGUUUCCGUCUCAUACUGCAGUGUCACAACAACCUCCGUUAUGCUACCCAGUCGAGUGACCCAGGUGUUGUCAUACAUCACCCUUACUUGGAGCAAACAGAUCGACGGUGGCGGGGGAAAGAAGUAAAAAAUGAACUCGCGGAAGACAACGAUUCUUGGAAAGAAAGAAUAAACACACAUUUGGUAGUAGCUACACUCAUAAUGACAAUUGCUUUCGCUGCUGGAUUCACCAUUCCUGGUGGAUAUGAUGAUGACGACGGUCCAAAUAAAGGCACGGCAAUCUUAGCGAGGAAAGCAGCCUUCAAGGUGUUCGUGGUAGCUGAUACACUUGCCAUGAUAUGCUCUGCGUCUGCGAUAUUUCUGCACUUCACUGCAACCCUUAAGCAAGGGACUAUGGCGUAUACUCGUUACAUUUGGGCUGCAAGAGUCAUCCUAAUUGCUAUGCUAGCAACGGUGAUAGCAUUUACAACUGGCUUGUAUGCUGUGCUACCGUUCAAAGACCUAGCCAUAGUUGUCAGUGUCAUGUGCUCUGUGUCACUUUACUGUUUUAUGUUUGUAUUCGACUUGGAAUGGUACUUACAGAGUACCGGUCUGGAUUUUUAAUAUCCACAGAUACUCCCUGUUUGGAUGUAUGGUUUUGUAUGAAAUUAUGUUUGUUUUCAUUAUUCUUAAAAUUAUGUAGUAUGGUAUUGUAAAUCCGUGGUUCAUUCAUGAUUAUAUAACCAUGAAAAAUUCUAAUUUUUAUAACUACGAAUUUGGUGA